UUGUUUAGACAUGGCGGCGCGCAGGCAGAAGUCAACUAAACAGGGUAGCGAAUCUGUGUUUUGGGCAUCACCGAGACCAGGACUGUACAACUCAGAAUCUAUUGUCCCAGGAGUUUCCGAUGUUGGCAACAUGCGUCCUAGAGUCAAAGGCGGGCGUACCAAAGAAAUUAAGGCUUCUAUUCCAGUUGUGCAACCUAUUGUUCAAGUUCUUGAUCCUGUUAGCCCAAAAUUGUCAGUUGCUGUCUCUUCUGAUAUGUCAACAACAUUAGGGGAAAGUGAUUUCACCUCAACAAGCAUAAAAUACAGCAAGCCUGUGUCACUUAAGGACCUUUGUGUUGAAGACAAGAAGCGAGUUGCCAAUCUGAUUAAAGAACUUGCAAGAAUAUCUGAGGAGAAAGAGAAUGCUGAAAAAAAUUUGGAGCAGGAGAGAAAACAUUACAUUGAGCAGGUGAUGAAGUUGGUGGAGCAACAAGAACAGCUGAUGAAGGAAAGAGAAGAUGUGGAAAGAAAGGUUCAAGAGUACCAGUCCUAUUUCCUACAGCUACAGAAACAAGAAGAAACUCUACAGCAGCAAAAGGCCUCUGCGCAAAUACAGCAAGUACUGGUGAACAACAGAGCUGUGUUGAGGCCAGCUGGAGAUGCUGGCAACACACACUGUCUGACAUGUCAUGCUCCUGUCAGUGACAGCACCCACUGUCGGACAUGUCAUGCUCCUAUCAGUGACAGAACACACUGUGUGAAAUCUCAAGUGCUUGGCAGUCCAAGAGUCCAAUCAAGAACAGAUGUUGAACAGCCCUCUGAGAAUCUGUACAUGAAUGAAACAGAGAACUUGUCCACAGAAGCCCAGCCUUCAGCCUCGUACACGGAGAGGCCUUUCACAGCCAUGAUCAACCAGGAGAUAGCCAACCAACAGCAGAUUCUGGCCCUGAGUCUCAAGUCCCCUGGACCCACUCACCACAGCACACACAAAAUGAACCCUCAGUCUAAAAACUUGAGCAGUCAAAUUUCUCCUCAGGAAGAUAGAAAAAGCAAUGAAAAUUUCCUUGAUACUCAAGCAAGCAGCCAUAGAAGUAAACAGCCUAACAUGGAUACAUAUGGCAACACUGAAUCACUGAAACCCGAGAAGUUUGGUAACUCUGAUUUACUGACUCCAGAGAAGAACGAGCUCAUUAGCAGGUUCAUUGAAAGCCAGGCUGAAGUUUUAAAAACAAAACUUGAUUCCAACCAAAUGAAUGGUAACAUCAUGGAAAGAGCAGGUUCCGAACCCCACCACACCAAGCUUGUGCGUGAGAAGAAGAAGCGCCGCAAGCCUCCAGUGACUAGCCACGGGCCAUUGCUUGCCCCCAUCAUGUCCAGCACACAGAAGAGCUCUGAAAUUGGAGACUUUGUCGACUCGACCUUUGACCUGCAUGAGAAUGAUGGCAUUAUUGAAUAUGAUGAGAUGGAGGAUUUGAACAGCAACAACAACAACAAUGACGGGGAGGAGAGUGACAAGAAUUCUGGGGGUAAAGCCCAGAAAAAUGGUAGGGACUCUAGGAUAAAGCUGGGCAGGGUGACAUCCAAACAUGCAGACAUUGGCAAGCUGGAGGAUGCCGGAGUGAACCAGGAGUUCUUAAGGAAAUAUAAAAAGAUGUCAGCCAGUGAGAGAAAACAAGAACUUCUAAGACAAAGAACUUUACUCUUAGAGGAACAAAAUAGGCUGAGACUUUUGUUGGCGACACAGGAGACACAGCUCAAGUUGAAGCAAAUGGAAGCUCUCACUAAAAUGGAAGAAAUGGAGAGCUCAACAGAACAAGAUGAGAUUCUACGCAACUCCUUGAAAGGAAAAGAAGAUCACGUGGAAGCAAAGAAACUAGAAGCACACAAAGAGAAAAGGAUAGCACAUGGCCUGGGUCAUAAGGAAUUAUUAGCUCAGAAAGAGCUUGGUCAGAAGACUGGCCACAGUGUGAGGCCAACAAAAGAGUUAGAUGGUGCUGAUGUGGCUGAGAGACAUGUGGUGAAAAAGUUGGAUUAUUCUUUUCAUUCUGACUCUGAAGGUGAACUAUCCAGCAGUACACUUUCUGCUCAGUCGUCUAAACAAAAACCUGCUCAGGUGUCCGCUCAGGUCCCUGUCCCAAAGGAGACAAACCACACCAGUGAUGUCACGCCUCAGAAAUCUCACAGAGUUGAUGUCAGCACCAACAUCUCCUAUGUCCACCUACCACGAAAUUUCCCAGAGUUGUCCAAAGGUAGGGACACCAAGGUGUCUGAGAGUGGCUCACCAACACCCAGCACUGGAGCUCAGCCGAGAUCUAUUGAGACCAAAACUAUGGCCUGCCAGGCUACACUUGCUGAUGCUCUCUCUAUUGUUGAUGUAAUCUCGUCAAUGGACGAUGGGUUGUCUCCCCUUGCACUACCUCCCCCAGACAGACGCAGAAAGUCCACAGCCAGCUACUGCAGCUCCAGCCAUUCCUCGCCCUCUGACCAGCGGCACCCUGACCUCUACCCCAAACCUGAUUCACAAACUAUUCCCAGAAGGGAGACUUUGAACUCUGGGAGGUUGUACUCCCCGACGACCUCUGACCUCGACCCCAACCUGGGUUUGUUUGUGUUGGAAAGGAACUUGAUAGACUCUCCCCUGGUGAGCAGCUCUGCCCAGAGGAACAAACACCCAGGGCAUGAAGACACGGCUAUUGAGGACGUGGUGAACAUUCUAUAUCAGGACGAUGGUAGAGUUAAAAAGUCGGAUAACAAUAACUUUUUUAAAAAACCCACAAAACAAAAUAAGAAAAUUAAUAAUCAGAAAAGUUAUUUGCUGGAAGCGGAGAAUGAUGAAACAAACUCUGAUUUAGAAGAAAGCCAAAUAUUAGAGGAGGUUUUCUUUAUCUAACCUGAAUAUAGGAUGUUUUAGUAUUUAGAAUAACUAUUUUCCAACAAAGCAGCUAUGAUAAGUUAAGCUUGUCUUCAGACUAGAUUAGUGGACACAUUGGGUAGGAUAGACAACUUAAUGGAGUCAACAGUGUACAACAGAGUAGCGGCUCCUUAACACACACCAGAUCUUUAUCAACCAUUCUACUGUAGCCAACGUGAGGUUAAUGGACAUGAGCACACAAAACAAGGCUGAACAUUUCAUGUUGCCGCUUGUCCUUCCGUCUUGAAUGUUGCAUAUCCGCAGAUCUAUUUCCUACUGGAUAUUUGAACUAAUCUAUUUUCUUGUUAUAAAAAAAGGUGUUUAUCUUAUAUUCCGCACUUCAUACUUUUCCUAAACUUUUUACCUCUGAAGCAACACCACCUAUAUCACUAUAAACUUGUAGUGUGAUCAGAGGUUGAUUGUUGGGGUGUUUUACCUGAAACUUGUAAUAUCAUCAUGUCCAAUGAGGUACAUUCCAUGAUAUGCUGUUACUGCUGAUUUGAGACUGCUUAUUUGCACACAAGGACUAUCCAAUUAUUAGGAUAGAUUUUCUUGCAAUUAGGCCACAUACAAAAUUUUGUUUUUUAUAAUAAAAUAUAUAGAGAAGAUUGAA